AAUCCAUGUUUAUAAAAUUGAUACUUCAUGAUAAUAUUUGUGUUUUUAUUGCAUUCAUACCGAUUUGUGUUCACGCAGUGCUAUUUUCAUCAAAUUAAGUUUUACAAUAUGUCUAGGUGCGUGAAGGAACCCGUAACCUUAGUGCGUUAAGAAGAUGGUGAAAAAGGCGCGUGCGUGUUUGUUUUUGAUCCGUUGAUCAACAACAGGCUUAAGUCGUGAAAUGGCAGACUCGUCAGCUAACGUGGGGGAAAUAUAUCUUUGCUUGCGCGAAAUAGAAGACAGGCAAAAUAAAAACAGUCGCUCCUGUGGUGUGGACGAAUUGCGCAACUUAAACUAUCUGCUGUACAGAGAAACGCUCGAAAUAGAUGACGAAAAACUCUCGGCACAUGUGCUGCAGGAAGGCUUACACAAGUACCAAGAUCUAAUCAUUGACCCCGAGGGUGUCAACAAUUAUUGUGACGAUGUAAUCGAACUUCUCAACACCCAAGGUCCCGAGCUGUUCGACGAUGACGAUGAACUAACGGACAUCGCACUGGAUGAUCCUCUUUCUUAUCUAACAAGCGAGGACAACGAUUGUCACGGGCAAUACGAAAACUGUUCGAAGGACGAGUUGUCCACGACCAUACUUGCAAAAAUUCUUAACAAUUGCGAACGAAGUGGAGAUCCACGACAAUCCGCAGACAAUCGAGAGAACAGCAAGCUAACAUCGUCGGCAAAUGGAAGUCCGAAUAUUUUUUCCGAUUCAGAGGACAUUUCACGGCCACCAUUUACUAAAAACGCUAACCCAACGUUCACUCCAAAAAUUGCCGUUUCCAAAGCAUCUUCCAAAUUGGGCUCAACAUUAGCUUCGACUGCAGAUAAUGUGCCCAAACCUCCUGUCCAUCGUGAUGGUGAAAAUGGAGGUUUCAGUGGUGCUUUUCGCACGGCAAAAGAUGAGCUGCACAUACAAAACUUGAAGAAGUAUGGCGCAACGAAUAUUUCCGGGAAAACACCGCUAUUUUCCUACGGCCGUAAAACACUCGGUGGUCGACGAACGCUGGGCAGUAAGUUCGUUUGUCCUGUGCGAUCUGGUGAUGAUGAUCGAUCGAAAAACAAACAACACAAUAGUUCCGAAGAAGGCAACGCGUUUGAAGGUCAGGACAACAGUAGCAACGACGAUAGUCAGGAGGACGAAAUCGAUGAGCGUUUGAAGAACAUUGAUCCGAAGAUGGUGGAACUGAUUCGGAGCGAAAUUAUGGACCGCUUUCAACCUCUUUCCUGGGACGACAUUGCCGGAUUAGAGUACGCGAAAACCAUCAUCAAGGAAGCGGUCGUGUGGCCGAUUCUGCGACCCGAUAUUUUUACCGGUUUGCGUAAACCUCCCCGCGGUAUACUGCUGUUUGGUCCACCCGGUACCGGCAAAACGCUGAUCGGUAAGUGCAUCGCAUCGCAAUCGAAAUCAACGUUUUUUAGCAUCAGUGCCUCAUCGCUGACUUCCAAAUGGAUCGGUGACGGGGAGAAGAUGGUUCGGGCACUGUUCGCGGUAGCAGUCGUACACCAACCGGCUGUUGUGUUUAUAGACGAGAUUGAUUCUCUGCUCUGCCAACGGUCCGACACGGAACAUGAAAGUUCACGUCGUUUAAAGACGGAAUUUUUGGUUCAGUUGGACGGUGCGGCAACGGCGGAAGACGAGAGAAUUUUAAUUGUCGGUGCAACAAAUCGACCCCAAGAGCUGGAUGAAGCCGCACGCCGACGGUUGGUGAAGAGAUUGUACAUUCCGCUACCCGAACGACUGGCUCGCAUUCAGAUUUUGACCCGAUUGCUGGAGCGAGAACGCAACAGCUUGGAGGUGGAGGAAAUUGCACGUAUCGGCGAUCUUACGGAAGGGUUCUCGGGCGCUGACAUGAAGGUGCUGUGCCACGAAGCUUCCAUGGGACCGAUCCGAUCCAUACCGUUCGAACAGCUGGGAAAUAUUGCGAAGGAUCAAGUUCGAGCGAUAUGUUAUGAAGAUUUCCGCCUAGCAAUGACCAAGGUGAAGGCAAGCGUUUCACCGGACGACCUGCAGCAGUACGUUGCUUGGGAUCGAACCUAUGGUGCAGGAGCAACUUAAGGUUAAACAGCUGUUACUAACCAGCCAGCAAUGGUAGAUCGCGAAACGAUGAAAAACAGCGCCAAUAAAGCCAUAUACCUCUGACA